AUGUCUCAAGCACAACAAGAAGCCCAUCAGCCCAAUCCUGGUGUCCGGGAAGAAAUACAUUCACCCUCUCCCCGACCCUCGACUGAUAUACCAGCGGCUGAUCUCACGACGGCCACGGCGGCGCAGGCCCCCGGCAGUAUGGAAGUGACCACACGCACGGAUCUCUCUGUCCUGUACCGCGUGCUGCGCGCGGUGAUAAAGCCGCUGCGUCCUCGUCUCGUGCGGCCAAAGGGUGCAGCGCAACCGACGGGGUCGCCGCGUCUGUCACCCCCCCGAAAACGGGACGUCGAGAUUACGGAGAUGCAAUGUGAGGAGGGUGUGUGGAUGUAUCGGUUCCGCGCGGCGCCGGGAAAGGGGCCAGGGUCAAGGUCCGUCGGCAAGGACAAGGCUGCAGUGGACGGGGGUGUUGGUCGGCGUGAUGGACAGACUAAUACUACGAGACACCAGCACCACCGCGUCUAUUACUUCUGCGGCGGUGGAUUCCAAUCCCCUCCUGCGCCGGAGCACUGGCGCUUCCUGGCACAACUCACGCACGAUCUCGCGAGCCAUCAUCAUUCCAAUGAACCAGACGUCGACGAUAGUCAUGACCUGCACCAUCCAGACACCGAAACCGAGAUCGAGCCGGUCCUGGUGAGUUACCCGCUCGCACCCACCAACCCGGCGAGCGCGAGUCUGCGGAUUCUCAGACACUGGCUGAAGAAGGUCAUGGACGAGGCGGUGGAAGGUGGCGAAACGCUGAGUUUGAUGGGCGACAGCAGUGGUGGGAACGUCGUGCUGAGUCUGGGGUUCUGGGCUGCGCAGGAAUAUGUCUUCACACCACCGUCAGAACAGCAACAGGGACAACAGAGAGCAGGCCCGCCGGUCGCCGAUGACCCUACCAAGACCAACCGAGCCAACGGAACCACUACUACUACUACUCAAAGCACGAGUCCUUUCCCACUCAGAUCCCUGAUCAGCAUCUCCCCUCCCACAGACCUAACAAACAGCAACCCAGACAUCCGCAAGGCGGACAAACUCGACCCGGUCCUGACGGCCGGAUUCACGCGAGAGGUCGCAGAGGUCUGGACGACGGGGAAGAAACACCCCCAGAAGAAACCCUCCGCGCACCACGAACCUCUCCCGCUUGCCGAUCCCAGCGUCUCGCCCCUCCUCCAACCCGACGUCGCGUUUCACGCGCUGAAGGAUCGAGGGGUGAACGUGCACGGGGUCGUGGGCACGCACGACGUGCUGGCGCCGGACGCGAUCGAGUUCCUGCGCAAGUGCAAGGGACUCGGCGUCAGGGGGAGGUGGUUGGUCUGGGAGGGCCAGAUGCAUUGUUUCCCUCUGGCGGGCGGGGCGCCUGGGCUUGGGAUCAGGGAGGGCACGGAAGCGCGGGAGUUUCUGGCGCGUGUGCUUCGGAGGGAUUGUGUGCGGGAGGAAUACAAAUGA